AUACUCAUGAAUAAUUAAUGAGGCACGCCCAUUCAAAGACCCAUUCAUUCAAUUUCAUUGGAGCGAAGAAAGGAAUGGCGAGACAAGCAGGAAUGAAGGGACUCCAGUUAUGGUGUAAGCAGGUCACUGAAGGAUACAGAGACGUACAGGUCACUAACAUGACCACCUCUUUCAGAGACGGGCUCGCAUUCUGUGCCAUCAUUCACGCCUUUAGACCUGACCUUAUACCUUUUGACAGUUUACAGAAAGGUGAUGUAGCUCGAAACAAUGAACUGGCUUUCAGAGUUGCUGAAGAAGAGCUAGACAUCCCAGCACUCCUGGACGUACAAGACAUGGUGGACCUUCCUGUGCCUGAUAAACUGAGCAUAGCAACGUACCUCAUUUCUUAUUACAAUCAUUUCAAAGAAAUGCAGCCUCAGAAGAGAAUGAAAAUGGCCGCAGAAGAAGAAGACAACAGUCCACAGUCAGUUCCUAAACUGACUUCAGCAGCAAAUCGAGUGACAGCUCGUAAAGAUGAACACGUGCUACGACCAACACAACAAGCUGUAGCUGCUGGCAUCAAGAGACCUUCUUCACCGCCUAAAGUAACCAAACCUGCUCCUGUUCUUCCUCCAGUGGAUAAGAGGCACAGUGUUGCACCCUCUCCCCCUACCGGAGGAGAGGGUUCGCCUGUUCCUAAGAAGCCAUCUCCCAAAGUGCCUCCUCGUCCAAUGUCCACUGUCAUCUCACAGUACGAGGCUAAGUCAACCACACCCACUGCCCCUCCUCCUUCUACUGUCACUAAGAAACCUUUGACCUCAACUGUAUCAACUCCGCCUGUAGUGUCACCAACUCGUACUGGUGGAGUGGGUGUGGUCACAAGAAGGUCAAAGUUUGCAGUGUCAAAGCCUGCGUCCACCAAUGAGAAACCGGUUGCCAUGGAGACAGAAGAACCUCAGAAGCUCCCAUCUCAAGUCCUCGUUCCUCCGGCAAAGCCUCCCACAAGACGAAGUCUAAAGAGAGGGGGCGUGGCAGGAGGAGGAGACAGUAUAGAUAUGUGUGAAGCCUGUCAUGAAAAGGUCUUCCUAAUGCAGAAAGUACACGUAGAAGGACACUUGUUCCACAGGGGGUGCUUUAAGUGUAAUAAGUGUAGGUCCACCUUACAGUCUAAAGUGUACGAGUAUGAGAACGAGACUGAUCGGUUUUACUGCCGACAGCAUUUUAGAGAAAUAACUCGACAGAAGUCAAUCAAAAGGACAAUGGAGGCUAGAGGUAUAAAAGCUUUUGAUGAGAAUGACAUACCAAAGAAACAAAAGACCAACGGUGAGUAUGUUACUGAUAAGAAGAGAGAGGUGACUGUUCCAGUAGCCACACCUACUCCUCCUGAGACAACAGCUGAUAAACAAAUAAAGGACUCACUCCCAUCUUUACUGUCGUCUUUAGCAGCUCAGAAGAAAAAGCAACCAGCAGCUGAUGGUAGUGGAGGUAUCCCUCCUCUUAGACCUCCUGCCAGUAGAGGACCCCCUCCUUUAAAAUCAAGUGUAUCGUCUCCAUCUGUCGUUAAACCUUUUGUACCUUCCCAACCUUCUCCGCCUACCAAUAGACCCAGACCACCAGCUCCUCCCACUAAACGACCAACUGAUCACACUCCUCCUCCUCCCCCUAGACCAGCUGCUCCUCCCUCACCCUCAGUCGCCAAUAAAUCAGCUCCUGUUUCAAAAUCAAAGUUUUGGGUAGGCAAUGAUCCAGCUGGUAAUGGAUCUUCUCCUGUUACUGGAGUCAGGAAGAAGACAGAGCUACAUAAAAAUGGUGAGAGAAGUCCUUCUGAUGUUAAAGAGACCCUGAGUCCAACCAGACCAGCAGUAGGUGAGUGGUGGAAGAAGAAGGAGAGAGAGGAGGCAGUAAAAGAAGAGAAUAAACCAGAAGGGACACGCCCAUUCCCUCCACCCACUCAAUCAAGUAACCCUCAGUCUGAUAUAAACCGAACCACGGUGCUCAUGCAUUAUGAGUUUGGCCCCUCCCACUUUGCUAAGAAUGAAGGAGCACAGAAAGUACUAGAGGAACAUUAUGAGUUUCAGCCGAGAGACCAUCGUGAUUCGGAACCUUCUCCGUAUGAAGUACCUCAAUCCAAUAAGCAGCAGCCUCCCAAACCGGCCCGUGGGAAAAGAAAGGGUGUGGCCAAAGAUCAACCCCACCCACCUCGUAACUCUGAAACCUGGAAGAAGCCCUAUGCCCUGACCCGUGUUGCUAGUGAUACUAAUGAGUAUGCUAUCAUUGGACCUGGAAAGACUAAGGCACCUGCUAGGGCUCCACCCAGUCGCCCCGCCCCUUUUGCUGCUCAUCAGAAAAAGAAGUCAUUGAUAUCACCUUAUGCUAUUAGUGAACUGAAUGAAGACUCACCAAUCAGAGAUAAUUUAAAGAGAGACAGACAGAGGAAGAUUGAGGAGUACCAGUCUCAGUUAGAAGAGGUGGAGACUAAACUGACCCAGCUGGAACAGGAAGGAGUCAGACUAGAGACACAGAUACGUAGUCAAGGAAAUGAUGAUGAUGGUGAUGACCAGUUGAUAGAGGAGUGGUUUAAUCUUGUUAAUCAAAGGAAUGACGUGGUGAAGAAUGAAGCAGAGCUGGUUUAUAUGAUUAGAGAUUUGGAACUAAUUGAACAACACGAUAUUCUUGAGCUUGAAAUAAGAACAAGACUAAGUAAAGAUGAUUCACUGAAGACAGAAUUAGAGAAAGUUGAAGAAGCUACCAUGAUAGAGGAACUGGUUGAGCUGGUUAUGAAAAGGGACAAACUUUUGUGGGAAUUUGACGAUAAUAAAUUGAGGGAGGAAGAGACUGUGUAAUGUAUAACUAUUGUACAUAAUUAAUGAUUAUUAUUGUUUUUAUUAUUAUUAAUGUUCAUGAUCAAAGUGUUUCUCUAUUCUACAAUCAUGUGUGAUUUUUAUGAUAAUAAUUAUUAAAUAUUUUAUUUAUU